CUCGUAGCGUCGUCAUUGCGCCCAGGAUAACCCCCCCUUGUCCUCCCAGAAAAAUACUUGACGCUACAGUGUCUCUCAAUCAUCGCCCAAUUUUCGCCCCCCAUCCUCGUCUUACUCUCUCUUUUUCUUAUUCGCCAGCAGCCUCAGCCUCGGUGACGUUAUCUUUGUCAUCUGGUGAUUGAUGUUAAUUCCCUUCUCAUAUCCUCAUCUAUCCUCCUACAUGCCAUAAACCCUUACACCAUAUGUCAUGCGCAUCGUCCAUACUCGGCACCACCGUCUUGUUUUGUCUGGAACUCGUAUGGGGACGGUGCAUGGAUUCAUAUCUUUGCCCUAUUUUUGAGCCCACGCCCACGCCCAAGCCCACUCUGCCCAUUGCAUUGAUUGCAUGCGCCCUCGAUUCUCCUGCUCCUCAGAAAGCUGACUCGCCCCUCUUUUCUCCCACAGCUGCAGGUGUAUGCAGUGCAGCAGUGCAGUGCAGUACACACUAGAACUUCAUUGCGAGCUUGGACGUUUCGACAGCGAUCUGAAGCCAGUCCAGUCCACCCACUCUAGCCUGACAUACCUAGCCCACCUGGCCUGACCCGAACCCGACGACAACACCUAGCCCCAGUCCCAUUUGACCGGGGGGGCCCUCAUAAGCGCAAGCAAGACUGGAUAUUGAAUUAAACUGAGGUGAACUGAGGGGAGACCGGACCCCGCCAUUCUCACAGCUCAUACUGACGACUAUUCCGCUUCGGUGGGCUUCCCAACGACUGCCCCUCCACCACCACCACCACCACCACCACCACCUCCUCCUCCUCCUCCUCCUCCUCCUUCUUCUCUCCCUCGC